AUGGCUAAAUUGGCUAGACGCGUUCUAAAGUGUGUGCAGUUAAAUCUUCAUAAAUCCAAAUCUGCGACACAACAGCUAAUUUUAAAUAUGGAAGCUGAUGAUAUUGACUGUGCUUUGGUUCAGGAACCUCAUUAUUACAAGAAUUUUCUUCCAGGAUAUCCUGGCACUUAUAGAUUUUAUUGUGAUCCUAAUUCUGAUAAUGUAAAGGCGGCAAUCAUUAUUCGAUCACGUGAUCUAUCAACAUUUCUUGAUUAUAAAAAUACGGAUUAUAAUAUGGUUACCUUGGAUAUUACUGUUGGCUCAACUGUGCUCACUCUUUUUUCAUACUAUUUUGAACCCUCAAGAAACAUUGACUUAGAUCUUCAUAAAAUUAGUCAAGUCUUUAUGUCCAAAAAUCUUAAUCGAGUGGUUUGGUGUAUGGACUCUAAUGGCAAAUCUGAAUUAUGGUUUAGUUCCUAUUCUGACUCUCGUGGAGAUAAACUGAGUGAAUUUAUUUCUGCCAACAACCUAUUUGUUAUUAAUGAAGAUUAUGGACCUACGUUUCAGGCAACUCAGGGUUCUAGUUAUAUUGAUGUUACUGUUAUUGGUUUAGAUCUUCUCCAGGAUAUUUCGAGUUGGCGACUGUCUGAAAAAGAAUCCCUUUCUGAUCAUAUGAUGAUUGAAUUUGAAUUUUGUCUUUCUACGUUCUUACGAGACACCUCAAAUGUUCCUUUUAAAAUCUUCAAUACAGGGAAAGCAUCUCAAAUUUCCAUACCUGUUAGGAAUCAUGGUAAGCACAAUGUUCCUUGGUGGUCUGCCGAAAUUUUUUGUAUGAGAAAAAGGCUUAAUGCCUCUAGGCGUAGAUUUCAGCGUUGUAAAAAUCCGCCUCUUAGAGAACUUUAUAAAAGUAAAUAUCUUGAAUAUAGAAAAGUUUACAAUCUAAAGCUUGCCGAUGCUAAAUCUCAGUCUUGGAAAACAUUUCUUUCGACCAUUGAUGUUCGCAGUGUAUGGAAAAAGAUUUACACGCAUGGAGUUAAAAGAGAUUUCAUGAAAAAAAUUGAAAUAACUGGUAUUUGUCUUUCCACUGGAGAGACAACCAACUCUUUAGAAGAGACAAUUACUGCUGUGCUUCAGAAAUCUUUCCCCUCGGAUCUAGAGGAAAAUGAUGAUGAUUUGCAUAAGGAAUACCGUCAAGCUGCGCGGCAAGCAUAUAAUGUGGUUGAAGGAUUUCAGUUAACCGAACAUAAUUACGAUUCGUGCUUAGAACUUUUAAAAGGACGCUUUGGAAAACCAGAGAAAAUCAUAAAAUCACAUAUGAAUAAUCUUUUGGACAUAGAACCGGAUGUGCGAACUGAAGGUGUUUUGGAUCUGGAUAGUUUGGAUAAAAUCAACUUAUCGAAAAGAUGGCGAUACCACUAA